AUGACUGAACAGGCAGAUUCAGGACCCAUGAUUGAGCCCAUAAAGGCAUCAAUACUCCUGGAGCUUGAGGAUGAAUAUACCCUCGCUCGACACCCAGCCCCUAGCCAUAGUUUACCGGUGGCUCAUCCCAAGGGUAUCCUUUUGCCAGGCCUAGACAAGAGGAUUAGCUCGGUCUGGGUCGGUGGGCACGUUGUUGGUGUUGGGUCGUUGAGCGAAGUCGGUGGAGCGACACCAGCAAAAAGAUCACUUCCUCUACAUGUCCUCGCUACAGCGCUUCUCAGCUCAGCCACAUCGCCAGAACCCGACACGCUUCGAAACGUUUACAUCAUCGCUCCUCAUGCCCUUCAGACAGUACCGAUGCUCCAUGCUCUUCUGGCCAACACAAUAUCCGACUCACAAGCUGCCAUCGAGCUUCUGAAGCCGGUGCGACUGUUGCAGUAUUUCGAUUUAGCUGGAAUUGCGGAAAGCGUUGCUGAAGUCAGCGACAGUUUGUACCGAGACUCCCAGAAACAUGAAAGACAAUGCAGAACCGGCCACGUCCACAAUCUUGUCCUUGUUCAAGGCAUAGGCCCAACGGUCUUUGCAACCUAUCGGCGAAGCAACCUCCUGCAAGCGAAUGCCCUUCUGGCAAGUCUGUGCCGAAACAUCACGCAGCUCUCCAGAUCGUUGGGCGACAUCCUGGUCAUGGUGGAGUUUCUGGUUGAGGUGGAAGAAGCAGAUAACAUGCAACAGAAACAAGACGCGGUUCGGACCAGAACGGCUAGGAGCAUGGUAUUGGAUUCUGCAUUUUUAGGUCCAAGGGGAGAGACUCUGAGGCUAGCAUCGUGUCAUGAGUCUCUGUCGAGGACGCUCGCAGCCAGCUGGGAUAGCGUCGUCGCUGUGCAUGAUGGGCUGGGACGAAUUACUGACAACAAGUCUAGCGAAGAAUAUCGAGACCAGGUCGUCGAAGUGAUCAAAGACCGAAGCGGCAACCUGACUGGACUAUGGGAUGUUUGGAAGGAGGCGCGAUGA